AUGCCCACCCACGCCCCCGUCCACGUCUUGGACAACUACUACCUCGCCAUCACCUUCAUCGUGACAGUCGCUUACCAACUCAUCGGCUUCAGCAUCGCCUUCAGUCUCAAAUUUGACAAGCUCACCGACUUCAUGGGUGGCACCAAUUUCAUCUUGCUUGCCAUCUUGACCCUAGCCAUGGGUGGCUCGACGCAUCCACGACAAAUCAUCACCUCCAUCUUUCUUAUGCUCUGGGCUGGUCGUCUUGCCGGCUUUCUCUUGUUUAGGAUCCUUAAGACUGGCAAAGAUGACAGAUUCGAUGACAAACGCGACAAGUUCUGGACCUUCCUGGGCUUCUGGGUAUUUCAGAUGUUCUGGGUCUGGACCGUCAGUCUGCCUGUCCUUUUCCUGAACUCGCCGAAUGUGCUAGCGUAUCGUCAGCCGAAGUUUGGCAAGGCUACGGAUGUGAUCGGUGUCAUCAUCUUCAUCCUGGCUUUGGGUCUGGAGACGGUCACUGAUGCGCAAAAAUAUCAGUUUAAGCAGUCCGAGGCGGGCAAGCAGCCGGGUGCUAUUUGCAAUGUGGGAUUCUUUGCGUGGUCGAGGCAUCCGAAUUACUUUGCUGAGAUCAUGGUACAAGUUGCGAUCUUCAUCAUUGCCAUCACACCUGCAAGCUACGGCGCCAUUCCCAAGGGUGCAGGCGCAUACUCGGCUCUGUAUGCCAGCAUGCUCGGCUUCAUCUUCCUCACAGCACUACUCAUGUUCCUCUCUGGCCUCCCUCUGCAAGAACGACCUGGCGCCAAGAAACGCUACGAGAAGGGGAGCAACUGGCCGGCUUACGAGAAGUAUCUCCACGACACCAGUAUUCUCCUUCCCAUGCCACCAGCGAUCUGGUCAAGGUUGCCUGUGAUUGUGAAGAGGACGGUGGGGCUGGAGUUCCCGAUUUAUGUCUUUGAUCCGGCGAAGCAUGCUGAUCAAGAUAAGUUGAGGGAGAGGGAGGCCGAGGAGGGCCAGCAGGGCGGGCAUGAGCAUCAGAAUCGUGAGAGUACGGAGCCGAUGCGGUGA